AUGUCAACACAAAUCAAAUCAUUCACCAGUGAUCCUAAUCGAGCAAACAUUCAGCUUCUAAGUAAGUUGGAAGGCCAUCAAGAUGUGGUCAAUGCAGCUUUCAUCAUUCCCGGAGAGGAUGGCGUGGUCAGUAUCAGCGAGGACAAAACCAUUCGAAUCUGGCUGAAGCGAGACAGAGGAGCAUACUGGCCAUCAGUCUGCCAUGUUCUCUCAUCUCCUGCUUCGGCGAUGGAUUAUAACCACCAAACGAAGCGCUUGUUUGUUGGUUUGGACGACGGUUAUAUAUCUGAAUUCAGUGUGGCCAAUGACUACAACCGAAUCAAGCUUACUAAAAACUUCAGCGCUCACACUGGUCGAGUUAAGGAGACUCUUUUUUCGCUUGAAACGGAAAUGGUGCUCAGCAUUGGCCGUGAUAAAUUCCUUGUUUGGCAUUGCUCAGAAAGGGGUAACCGAUAUGGGACAUACACCUGCAAGGUGGCUUGUUCAGCGCUUCAGUUUGAUCACCAGUCAAGACAUGCCUUUAUCGGCGAUGUGAACGGCAAUAUUGAAAUGGUCAAGCUAUUGAACGAUUCCUUUCAGUUUAUCACAAAUUUAAAAGGACACUCUUUAAUGGUGCGCUGUCUUGAGUGGGACAGCACCACCAAGCUUCUCUUUUCGGGUGGAAGCGAUAAGACUAUUAUCUGCUGGGACAUUGGAGGCAAAAAAGGAACUGCGUACGAUCUUCAGGGUCACAAUAAUGUUGUCACAUCGUUGCACUUUUCCCAUCUUUCUCGACAACUCAUAUCUGCCUCGGAGGACUGUACCAUUGUCGCUUGGAAUAUGAACAGCGAAAGAAAGGAGACUCCUGAAUGGGUGGAAAAUGAUUUUUGCCAAAUCUGCAGUAGACCCUUUUUCUGGAACUUAAGAGCAAUGUACGACCAAAAGACGAUAGGAUAUCGUCAGCACCACUGUCGCUUUUGUGGCAAAGCUCUAUGCGAUGAUUGUAGCGCUAAUCGGUCCACCCUUCCCAAGCUGGGCUACGAAUUUCCUGUGCGCGUUUGCAAAGAAUGCUCCGGUAAAAUCACUGAGGCAGAUCGCGUUUCUUUGGCAAAGUUUUACGAUAGCAAGCACUGUGUCAAUCAUAUGCACAUCGAUGAGGCCAACAAGCUAAUGGUUACCUCGGGUUUCGAUCGAGUUAUCAAGCUCUGGGACAUAAGUGCCAUUCUUGCUUAG